GUUUCUCACCUUUUCAGGGGCUGCCAAUGCUGGGUAUGUAAUCAUCGUGACGGAUACAUACUCCUCCUCCUCCUCCUCCUCCUCCUCCUCAUCUCCCCACACCCAAACCGGCCCAAUCCACGCGUAUCUCAAGCUCCCAAUCUGUGGUUCUUCCCGGACCCGCUUGGACUUGCCCGAAUGUGCUUAGAACCCCGCGAUAAGGAUUGUGAUAAGGUGACCAUCCCCCGUCGGUGGAGCUCUGCAGCCCGUGUUGAGCUUCUGCAGCGGGCCUCACGGCUCACGGCGCACUGGGGUUUCUGGACUGGGUGGCUAUAAAGUUGACGAUCGUCCCCGGUUUCCUGUCUCCUCUUCCUCACCCACCGGCCCCCGGAUUCGCACUAUGAGGUCUCUGUCGCUGGCACUCCUUGGGGCGUGGGCUGUCCAGCCCAUCGCGGCCCAUGUUGCGCAUGCUCGUGAUCAGGGCCAAUGCAAGCAGACCACCGUGGCUAUUCUUGGCGGUGGCAUGGCCGGGAUUGCGGCUGCGCAAGCGCUGCACAAUGCCUCGAUGGAGGACUUUCUGAUCCUCGAAUACAACGACCGUAUUGGAGGACGUGCAUGGCACCAGCCGUUCGGCCAGAGGAAGGAUGGUAAGCCGUACAUCAUCGAGAACGGCUGUAACUGGGUGCAAGGUCUUGGAACGCCGGGAGGUCCGCAGAACCCCGUCUGGACUUUGGCGCAAGUCUACAAUCUAUCCACCACCUACUCCAACUACAGCAACCUCUCGACCUACAACCACAACGGCUACCACGACUACUCCUACCUGCUGGACGAGUACGACGACGCCUACGAUAUCGCCAACGCCUACGCGGGGGUCAUCCUGACGGAGAACCUGCAGGACUCGACCGCGCAGACCGGUCUGGCCAUGGCCGGCUGGCGGCCCCAGAUGACCGACAUGGAGGCGCAGGCCGUGGACUGGUGGGAAUGGGACUUCGAAGACGCCUACACCCCGCUGGACAGCUCCUUCGUCUUCGGCUGCGCCGGCGGCAACCUGACCUCCAACGGCUUCAGCGACGAAGACAACUUCGUGAUCGACCAGCGGGGAUUUAGCACGCUGAUCGAAGGCAUGGCGUCGACCUUCCUGCGCCGCAACGACACCCGGCUGCACCUCAACACGCGCGUCACCAACAUCACCUACACGUCCACGGGGGUGACGAUCACCACCGCGUCCGGCGACUGCGUGCAGGCCGACUACGCGAUCACGACCUUCUCCCUCGGGGUGUUACAGCACCCCGAGGCGGUGACCUUCACCCCCGCCCUGCCACCGUGGAAGCAAGCCUCCAUCCAAGCCUUCACGAUGGCCACCUACACGAAGAUCUUCUUCCAAUUCAACGAGACCUUCUGGCCCGCCGACACGCAGUACCUGCUCUACGCCGACCCCGUGGCCCGCGGCUGGUACCCGCUGUGGCAAUCCCUCAGCACCCCGGGCUUCUUCGAAGACAGCAACAUUAUUUUCGUGACGGUCACGCAGGAGUUCGCCCACCGCGCCGAGCGCCAAUCCGACGAGCAGACCCAACAGGAGGCCCUCGCCGUGCUGCGGAAGAUGUUCCCCAACACGACCAUUCCCGACCCGAUCGCCUUUCACUACCCGCGCUGGACGACCGAGCCCUGGUCGUACGGCAGCUACUCGAACUGGCCGCCGGCGGUGACCCUGGAGAUGCAUGAGAAUCUGCGGGCGAAUGUCGAGCGCGUGUGGUUUGCCGGGGAGGCGACGAGCCCGGGGUACUUUGGGUUCUUGCACGGGGCCUGGUUUGAGGGCCGCGCGGCGGCGCAGGAGGUUCGGAAGUUAUUGGGAGGGAAGUGUCUGUCGGGCAAUUAUACGGGGGAUUGUGAGGGGAGGAAGCGGUAUGAGGUGCUGAAGGGGACGAGUCCGUUGGCGGAUUAUACCGCUGUGAAUGGGUGGACGGCGAGUAGCUUUUAUGAUUUCAACAAUGAUGAUUAGUUGGGAAUUUAGGGGAAGGGGCUGUAUGUAUAUAUGGGGGGGAUUACAUACAUGUUUUGUGUAUAGGUGUAUAUUUUAGGGGUCGGUUUAGAG